CCCAGCGGUGGGCAACGAUGCACUCAAUAAAAGGCCCAGCUCCCGCCUCCGCCAAAUUCGACGGCUCCUCCCUCCGCAUUGCCAUCGUGCACUCGCGAUGGAACAAGACCGUCAUUGACGCGCUCGUUGAGGGCACCGUCGCCAAGCUCAGGGAGCAGGGGGUCAAGGAGAGUAACAUCCUCCUCCAGUCCGUCCCCGGCAGCUUCGAGUUGCCUCUUGCCUGCCAGAGGGUGAUUGCUGGCUCUCAUGUUCAGGCGGGAGCGUCUGCAACCGACCUGCUGGGUGGUCUGAACUUCGGGUCCAUCUCCUCCCCUCGCCCUGGUUCGCGCGCGUCCACUCCCGCCCCCACCGUUGCAGGCAUGCCCAGCCAGCCUUUCGACGCUGUCAUCGCCAUCGGUGUCCUCAUCAAAGGCUCCACCAUGCACUUCGAGUACAUCUGCGACAGCGUAUCGCACGCGCUCAUGCGCGUUCAGCUGGACACGGGUGUGCCGGUCAUAUUCGGCGUCCUUACGGCUCUCAACGACGAUCAGGCCCUGGAGCGAGCGGGCAUUGGGCGAGGGGAGAACAAGGGACAUAACCAUGGCGAGGACUGGGCCGCUGCUGCGGUAGAGAUGGCGUCGCACACGAGACGCUGGUCGGAAGGCAAGUUCUGACGCGGACAGUGCUUUUGGAAUGUAGACACCGCUUGAGGUUGUGUACGCUGUGUACGACGAACAGAAGAGUAGCAGUAGGCCCGAAUGUAAAACACAAGAUUCUGCUCGUGACAAUCCUGGACUGCGAGGACGACUCAGCUGAGGAGUGAGAGUACGUAUUCAUACGUACUGCCAGCGUACUGCACGGAGUUGCCAUAUGACG